AUGACGACAAACGAGGUAGAUUGUUUAUUGCGGAGCGUCAAUGAGCUUGCAAGAAAAGUGGUGGGGCUAGUGAAUUCCCGCAAAGAGGCUGCUUCGGUCCGCAAGCUUUUAAUUCAGUUCAACCCUCUCCGAAAGUACCGCGAGUUCUGCAAGAGAGACCUCACUAGGCUGUCGAAUACUGCUUGGAAAGGCUUCCAAACGCCACUCAAGCUCCAAUGGCAUCGGCCGGGAUUAAUCGCGUUGGGCUCGGGCGUCUUCUAUGGCUUUUAUCACCAGUCUACAAUAUACGCUCGUGACGAACAGCACAAGAAGCAAGCAGAAUUCGACCAUCAGAAAAGCGUCAUAGACAAGGCAAAAGUGGAGUGGGCAAAGAAGACAGCACCUAAGGAAGCCGUAGCACCUGGGGGAGUUAUAUCCGACCCUAACGACCCGAAAUUCGACCUCGAGGCAUAUCUCAAGUCAGGUGAAUGA